CUGUCCUCAUCCGCCACCCGACAUAGAUCCCUGCGAAUCGGUACUCCGAUCAUUUUGUGUCUCGUCCGCAGGCAGAUAAUAGUGACGCUUUGAAACAUUUAACACAAUCGCUGCACCAACCCAAAGUCUGUCGAAACCUGAUUCGUCCGGUUACUUCGUUUUAGUUGAAAUUGGACACCGCUGAUGUUUCAGCGUCCAUGUCCUCCCGUAGGCUGUACUGCGGAGUGAUAUUCCAGUGGAACCGACAAUGUGGACGUUGUUAAAAUGUCUACUUGGGAAAUGAAAUGGUUACAAUUUCUCUAACAAAAGGAAAACGAGGAGCACAAGAGUUAUGGUUCGUGUUGGAGACGUGUUUUCGGUUUCGUGACGAAGACAACAACGAGACGAGGCGGCGGAGGAGUGGUUCAUAUUGCCUUCCCUCAUCUUCAUCAAGCCCACAGUCCGGACCACGGGGGAAGGAUCCUAUCCCUAACUUUGUUUUUCUCUCUACUCCUGCCGUUCAUUUCUCCCCGUUGGAUGCCACAUUACUGAAUCCAGUCGCUUGCUGAGACUGAAAGGGCCAAGUGAACAGCAGCAGAGAAUGGCUGCAGUGGAAACAGACAAGGAGCUCAGCGACUUGCUGGAUUUUAGCGCGAUGUUUGAGCCUCCAGUUUCAAAUGGCAAGAACCGGCCGACUACUCUCGGCAGGACAGGGUUUGGAAGUUCAGGUAUUGAUGAGAGGAGUGGGUCCAGUCCCUGGGGACCAGGAGAGCAGAACAGUCCUCCUUUCAACCAGGGAAGGGGUUAUGGAGAAGAAGGCCUUUACAGUGAACAAGAAGGUUUGGCUUCUGCCCCCAUAUUUGGAUCAGGGAUUGCUGGGAAGGCUGAGCGAGGGCCAUACUCAACAUUUGCAGCACAGUCCGGCUUUAUGCCCAGUGAAAUACCCAUGCCCAGUCCCGAUUCCCUCUCUCCGUCGGGCCUGAAGUCCAAUCCCCAGUUUUAUUCCUCAUAUGAGGGGAGCAAUCCUCGCAGGAGACCCUCACAGGACCCCAUCGAAUCACAGCCAAAAAAGAUCAGGAAGGUGCCCCCUGGCCUGCCCUCCUCGGUUUAUGUAUCUGCCUCAGGAGAGGAUUUCAACAGGGACAGUGGUGGCUACCCAGCCUCCAAGGCAGGAAAUGUCUAUCCACCAGCAUUCUACAUGCAAGAAGGCCUCCACCCGCCCUCCGAUCCAUGGAGCUCUGCCGGGUCGAUGGUUCAGCCUGGUUUUUCUUCCAUGGUGGGCAACUCCCCCCAUCUGAGCCAGCAUGGUCCCUUCACUGCCAUCAACCCCCAAGACAGACUGAAACGGCAGCCACUGCCCCUCUCUCCACAAAACUACCCCCUGCAUGGCAAAGAGGUGAACGGGGUUCAUCCCGCUGGCUUCCACUCCGGCUCCAGCAGCUUCGGAGUUGCCAGCCACACACCUCCCAUCGCUGGAACUGACACCAUUAUGGCCCAUCGGGGAGCAGUACCUGGGAGUUCAGGUGAUGAAAUUGGAAAGGCCCUGGCAUCUAUCUAUCCUUCAGACCCAAACAGUAACGCCUUCCCUCCGUCCCCGUCUACUCCCUCUGGCUCUCCUCAGGCUGUAUCAGGCUCUGCAUCCCAGUGGACUCGGUCCUCUGGCCAGGCCACGCCAUCACCUAACUUUGAGGGCGGAAUUCAGUCCAUGGCGAAUAAAAUGGAGGACCGUCUGGACGAAGCCAUCAAUGUUCUUCAGCGUCAUGCCAGCGGGCAAGGAGGGCCAGGUCUGGCUGAAAUGCACAGUCUUCUCGGGUCUGGCUUAGGGCUACCUCCAGGCUUCAGCAGUGCAGCACUCGGAUUGGCCAGUCGCUUGCCUGGACUGGUGUCCAGUCACCGUGAGGACUCUGUUGGUCUGCCCUCUAGUGGAGGACUUUUGCAUAGUCACCAUGGCCCCACAUCUGUCCAGCCAGGCUCUCAGCCUGAAGGUUUUACCGGCCUGCCCGGCAGCCUAAAUCGUUCCAGUGCUCCAGAUAUCAAACGAGAGGACAAGGAGGAUGAUGAGAACUGCUCCAUUACUGACAAGUCAGAGGAUGAGAGAAAAGACAUAAAGGCCCGCCUUCGAACAAGCAGUGUUGUCUCGGUGACUGAUGAGAACCUAACUGCCGAGGAGAAGGAGCAGAGGGAGCGUGACCGCCGCCUAGCUAACAACGCUAGGGAGAGGGUGCGUGUUCGCGACAUUAACGAAGCCUUCAGAGAGCUGGGCAGGAUGUGUCAGGUCCACCUGCAGAGCGACAAGGCCCAGACCAAGCUUGUCAUCCUGCAACAGGCUGUCCAGGUCAUCCUGGGCCUGGAGAAGCAGGUGCGAGAGCGUAAUUUGAACCCAAAGGCUGCCUGCCUCAAGAGGAGAGAGGAGGAGAAGGUGUCAAGUGUGGACCCCCAGAUGCAGCUUGGUGGGGGUCAUCCUGGUUUAGGAGGAGAUGGACACAACCCUGUUAGCCAUAUGUAAUUCUCAGUUCCAGUUGAUUGUACAGCCCUUAGAACACGUGGCCUUAAUCCAUCGUUGUCAUGCAUCUCAGUGUGUGUUCAUCAACUUAUGGAAAGCACACACACACACACACACACACACACACACACACGAAAACACACACCUCAUUACUGACAAAGCAGGUGGCCACAUUCCUGACAAAGAAGCACAGUCAUACAGAGAGAAAAAAGAUUUAUUACUCUUUACAUGACAAUACUUUGAACUGUGGACUCUGGUUUGGAGACAGUGGAAAUUGGACAUAAGGACAUUCUUGUGAUCAUGUUUUUGUAAGACAUUUCGGAAAAAAAACAUUGUUUUACAUGUUGGGAGCAAAACUUGUUCGGAUCAAAUGAAACUUUUGGAUCAAUUGCUCACAUGAGCAGAGUUAGGAUUUGUAUCGUCGGAUAAUUAUUGGCAUUCCCAUCUGAAAAGAAGAGGUCUUACAUUCUGCAGAAGCAAAGACGGACACCUGAGCUUAUAUAUUAUGACUGAACAAAAAUGUGCCUGAAACAGGCCUAACGCAUAGUGUUUGGUUAAGAUAUAAAAGAAAAUAGACAUCAUUGUUAUCCUCGAAUGCGAUGGCUGAAAUACAGAGGUAUGUUUGAAGACAUCCAGCCACUGACUGGGCAAUCAGAGAGCUGAGUCCUCGUUUUGAUAUGCUGGUAAUUCUGGCUGUAUUCUUUUUUUUAUUUCUUGCUUUGGCUGAAAAGGUGCCACAGUCAGUGACUCACAUAUGGUGGGAUUUUUUUUUUUUUUUUUUUUAACCAUGGAUCCCUGGUUCUUAUCUCUUUAAGUCCUGUACAUGUGUUAUUGUCACUGCCAUGCAAGUGGAAUGGAAAGACUGCCAGAGAAAGAGACUCACCACCGACACAAACACAAAGACUCUUUACAAUUGCGGGAUCCAUAGU